UGCUCCGAGCCGCCCGCAGCCGCCGCCGGCGGGCCGCGCUCCAUGGCGACCCCCAGCCCCUGCAUCGUGAUUGGUGAUGAUGAGCAAGGCUACGACCUGGAUUUGUUCUGCAUACCUAAGCAUUAUGCAGAUGAUUUGGAAAAAGUCUAUAUUCCUCAUGGGCUCAUCAUGGACAGGACGGAGAGACUGGCACGAGAAAUUAUGAAGGGCAUGGGAGGACACCACAUUGUGGCACUCUGUGUACUGAAGGGUGGCUAUAAAUUUUUUGCUGAUUUAUUAGACUACAUCAAAGCCCUGAACAGAAACAGUGACAAAUCAAUCCCCAUGACUGUCGACUUCAUUAGGUUGAAGAGUUACUGCAAUGAUCAGUCAACUGGAGAUAUCAAAGUCAUUGGGGGAGAUGACCUCUCAACCUUGACCGGAAAGAAUGUUUUGAUUGUAGAAGAUAUAAUUGAUACCGGUAAAACAAUGAAAACGUUGCUGUCUCUACUUAAGCAGUACAAUCCAAAGAUGGUGAAAGUAGCCAGUUUUACAUUGGUUUUAUUUGACAGUUUGUUGGUAAAAAGAACUCCCCGAAGUGUUGGAUAUCGACCAGACUUUGUUGGAUUUGAAGUGCCAGACAAGUUUGUUGUGGGAUACGCCCUAGAUUACAAUGAAUACUUUAGAGAUUUGAACCAUAUCUGUGUGAUCAGCGAGACAGGGAAGCAGAAGUACAAAGCAUGAAAGCAGAGUUCAAGUGCUGUGACAACAGAGCUUUGAAAUGUUUUGUUUACUGAGUCCUAUCUUUCACAGGCUUCAGCUCUGGCACACCAGCUACACUUGUAGAAUGCCCCAACCCCAUUGCUAUAUGCUUACUAUAAUUUAUUGCAUGUACAAUAUAAGAGCUCGUCUUGUUCAUUUAUAUUUUAGAAAUGUAAACAACUAGUGCAGUUCUGCACUCCUUAUUUUGAUUUGCACUAUGACUCUACCGACUAUCGCUGCCCCUGGUUGGGUUGUGCUGUUUGUGAGCUCCAGAGUCUAACUCUUGCAGUGGUAAAUUGCUUAAACCUCAUCAACCCAGAACUGAAAUAGUUCAAGUACUGUAAAUGUAAAACAUUUUAUGAUAGGGAAGUCUAUUAGUAAUAUUUUUAAAAUCUGUAAUUUAAGUUUUAUAUUUUAAUGCACAGAUGUGAUUGUGAUUAAUGGAUAGUUGCACCUUUGGGUGUUAUAAAGCAUGAGGAACAGCCAGUUACAGUAUCUGUAAUCUCCAAGGAGCUCAUUCAAAUCUCCGGGAGUUGCCUUAUUGCUGUAAAGGAAGUCUGCGUGGAAAAAAUGUCUUUUUCCUUUUUUUCUUUUUUUUUAAAAAGAUGGAAUGACAAAACAGAAUGUUUAAAAUCUAGUUUUAGUUGAGUUGCCUAUUUCUGUUAGAUUUUUUUUCUUUAAAAAUAUCCAUCAGUCUGUGGAAUUGCCUUUUAAAUUUAAACAAUUUUAAUAUAUUUGUGGAAAAAAAAAGUAUUGUAAUGUUUACUUUACAAGAUCUACAAAGCAAAAUUCUUUAAAUAAAGGCUGUCUCUUUAAAAUAAGCCCCACACAUCUAUCCCACUCAUUCUGUAUAUUAAAGUGCUCUUGAAAUUUCCUUCUCAGUAAUAUUGCCCAUAAGUGUUUGUGACAGUGGAGGCAGACUCAACAUUUGUUACCUUUGUAGAGCUUCUGGUUAACAUAAUCCUGUCUAUGAUAGAGAUGAUAAAGUGCUGAGGGAAGAUAUUGAAA